GACGGUGAGUGUGGCUUCAGUCGAGUCGAGUUGCUCCCUAGUAGUUGAAAGUGUUCCCAGUCACCAGUGUCAGUCUACCGCCCAUGUGAGGGACGUGUGGGGACCUCACCAUGCUUCCCACUACGCACGAAACCCUGAGUUCCUUGCAGUUUUCCAAGUUCCUGCCGGAGUAUCUUGAAUAUGCCGAGCGUAUCCGCAAGACUCUUUACUAUGGGCGGCUGCCAUCCACUGACCGCCCAUCUUUACCCUUCACAAGCAUGUCGGUUGAAAAGUUCAGUGAGAUAUGCCGCCAAGAUGGACUAGAGAAGCUGGACACACGCUAUGCUUCUUCAGUGUGUUAUGAUGCAUGUGACCCGUGCUCCCUCAUUGUGGCAUUGCUCUACCUGGACCGUCUACGCACUCAGAACCCUGAUUACCUGGCCAACACCUCUCCCUCACAGGUGUUUUUAGUGGCAACGAUGGUUGCCAGCAAGUACCUGUAUGAUGAUGGUGAGGAAGAUGAGGUGUUUAAUGACGAGUGGGCCACCUCUGCUGCCUUGUCCCUGACCGACCUCAAUCAGGCAGAGCGAGAGUUUCUUAUUGCUAUUGACUGGAACCUCUUCGUUGAUGCUGAUGCUUUCCUGAGUGUGUUUGAACGGGUAGAAGCUGAGGUGUCCUGGCGUGAAGGCGUGAAGAGAGGAUACUUCACCUACACAGAUUUGCUCUCCCUCACCCAGACUCUGCCUUCAUCCACUUGCACCACUGUUUUGAAUCUGUUGAACCAAGUAUUGGCUGUUUGUAUUGUUGGCUACACAGCUGCAAUGGUGAGUGUGGUUGCUGGCACUGUCUUGGCGCAGGAAUGCAGUCAACAGAUCAACACAAUGAUGCAACACCUCACCUCCAUUGAUGCUACCUCAGUGCCCAACAACACUCUUGCACCUUGCCCUGAGGAGCCCAUGGCAGAGUCUCUCCCCAGCUUAAUUGUUGACUCCCUCCACUCCUUGGCAGAUGCCAAUGAGAGCCUUGUGCAGGACAGUGAUAACAGUAUUCCAAACCUUCCUGGCCUACCUUCUCGUGCCCUCACCACCCUCACUACCUCCAUCCUGUUGGCCAUGUCUUCCCCCAGCAGCACCCUUGAGCCUCAUCACUGGAAGGGCCGGUCACAUCAUCCAUCUCUCCAGGGUCAAGUCAGGCAGGAGAGACAUUCCAUGGAGCCUGGGGAAGAGGGGGAGGAGGUGGAGUGUGACCCUACAGACAUACAUUUGCCCUUCACCACUGGAUCGUACUGGCUUCCUUCAAGCUAUAUCAGCAAAUCAGGCCAUGUUAUGAGUCAUUUCUCCCUGGACUCCAUCAACUUUGACCUUGGACUGAAAGAUGAACUCAUCAGUGGACAGAAGGAAGACUGGGUGUACUCCAAUCCUUGGGUCAUUCCAUGGCUGUCAUGGCAUGGUGCUCCAGUGUACAGCAUGAUUCAGAACUUCUCAGGAAUUGGGGCUCCAAACCUGCAAAGCUACAAGAGGAAUGAGAUCAGUUGGGUGGAUCGAUUGGCCGUGAUGUCUACCUCACUGAUUGAUCUGGUAGCAGAACUGACUCCUGGCACAAUUAGCUUGUCAUUGCCCCAAACACCCAUGCUUUCUGCUGCUGCUGCUUCUAUGGCUCAGUCUGGUCCAGAACCUGUGCCUUGGGUGAUGUAAUAUCCUGGAAAGAUUCUAGGAUGCCAAGUGGACAGUUGUUAGUAAGAGCUCCAAGAUACAUUAUAAUAGUAACCAGUAACCUUGUCACAGCACAAAGACUUAUCUUUGUGAAUGUUUUAUGGCUUCUGAGGUAGAUGGGAUACUUUGUUGGCUGAAACUUUUGUAUGAUGAUGAUGAUAUAGAUUUGUCUCAAAACUCAGUAUUGUAAGGUUUCUCCAAGCUGUGUUUUACCAGCACAGCUUGGUGGGCUUCUUGGGAUGCUGUUUUAUUGCCUCAGUGUGCCCUUCUGUCUGGUUGUUCAUAUUCUCAGUUCUGUUAAUGUUAUCAUUUGGAGGAAUAUAUUUGUUAUUAUGUAUGUGAGCAAUUUGUGAUAAUUAUGCAAGAUGGUGUUUAUUGAUCUUUAAAGAAAUAGAAUACUGGUGAAACACACAUUUCAUUAAUCAUGUAUAUAUAGGUGUACUGAAUGCAGUCCUGAGGUGAUAUGUAAUGUUUUAGUUACUGACGAUAGAUUUAACAAUGUUAGAUAAUUACUCUUCCAUAUGUUCAUCACAUACCAGCUGCUGUUAACAAAAUAAUUGUAGAGAUUAGUAGGUUCAGUGCAACAUUGCUGAUCUGACUGCUUGUUGGAUUGAUGAUUGGACUCCCAUCUACCUAAAUAAAGAGGCCUAUAGUGAUAUGCAAGUGAUAAUAAAAGAUGCACGAUUAUUUGUUACCUAAAAGAAGGUUACUAGGUGCUCGCAAAGACAGGGAUGAUGCAUCCUUGGACUCCUGCUGCAGGCAGUCUUGCUUGGUUGUAAGAUGAGCAUGCCUAGAGGAGGCAUAUUAGUUGGACCUUCAGGAAAUACAAUUCUAGAGGAAGUUAGCAUUUUAGGAUCAUACUGAAUAUAUCAAUGUUCUUUACCUAUUGAUGUAUUUUGAAUAACAAAAGUAUUUAGUUACACAUGAGUAACCAUUUUUGUGAGCUACAAAAAUGCUAAUAAAGUAAUUACCAUGUA